UAGAAUCUCUCUACCCACCUCCGAAGGGAAGAGAAACCUUAUUUUUUCCCUCAGCUCACACACAGUCUAUAAGAAUAGAUGCUGUCUGCAUAGGUAAAUAUUUUACUUCGACAAAACCCACAUCAGAAAGGUCAGCAUAAGCAUCUCUUCUUCUUCUUCUUCUACUACUACUGCUUCAUCUUCUCCAUCUCCAUGGAGUCUCCACCUCCGCACGUACUGCUGUUUCCCUACCCGGCGCAAGGCCACAUGCUUCCGCACCUGGACCUCGCCCACCAGCUCUCCCUCCGCGGACUCGCCCUCACCGUCCUGGUCACUCCCAAGAACCUCCCCCUCCUUAACCCUCUCCUCUCCGCCCACCCCUCCAUCCAGACCCUCGUCCUCCCCUUCCCUCCCCACCCCAAACUCCCGCCGGGCGUCGAGCACGUCCGCGACAUCGGUCAGCUCGGCAACAUCCCCAUCAUGUCCGCCCUCUCCGCCCUCCGCCUCCCCCUCGCCCGGUGGUUCGCCUCCCACCCCAAUCCUCCACUGGCCAUCCUCUCCGACUUCUUCCUCGGCUGGACCCUCGACUUGGCCGACGAGCUCGGCAUCCCCCGGAUCGCUUUCUUCUCCUCCGGCGCCUUCUUGACGUCGGUCGUCGACUUCUGCUGGCGGAACGUGGAGAGCGUGAAGAAGGCCAGCGCCGACGCUGUGGAGCUUUCAGAUCUGCCCGGAGCGCCGUCGUUCCGGGAGGAGCACCUGCCGUCCAUAUUCCGCUUCUACCGGGAGUCCGACCCGGAUUGGGAGAUUGUUAAGAGGGGCAUGUUGGGGAAUAUGGCCUCUUGGGGUUGCGUCUUCAAUACGUUCGAUCACUUGGAAGGCCAGUAUUUGGAGCACCUGAUGCGGAGAAUUGGACACGGGCGUGUUUACGGAGUCGGCCCGCUGAAUCUGAUCGGGCUCGAUGACCUCUCAGGUCGGGGAGACCUGGGCGUGGGCGCUGGAGCGGGCAGCGACGUGCUGGGCUGGCUCGACGGGUGCCCUGACGGGUCAGUCCUCUACGUGUGCUUCGGCAGCCAGAAGAUGAUGGCCCGGGAGCAGAUGGAGGCCCUGGCGUCCGGUCUCGAGGCAAGCGGGGCCCGGUUCGUGUGGGUCGUCAAGACCGGCACGGCCGAGCAGGCGGAGGAAGGGUACGGGGCGGUGCCAGAUGGCUUCGAGGCCCGGAUGGCCGGCCGGGGGAGGGUCGUGAGGGGGUGGGCCCCGCAGGUGCUGAUACUGGGCCACCGAGCGGUGAGCGGGUUCCUGAGCCACUGCGGGUGGAACUCGGUCCAGGAGGCGGUGGUGGCAGGGAAGAUGGUGCUGGCAUGGCCGAUGGAGGCGGACCAGUUCGUGAACGCGCGGCUGCUGGUGGAGGACAUGGGCGCGGCGGUUAGGGUCUGCGGGGGGCCAGACACGGUGCCAGACGCAGACCAGCUGAGCCGGGCCAUCGCCGGGACAAUGAGGGAGGACUUGCCGGAGCGGGCGAGGGCGAAGGAGCUGAGGAGGAAGGCUCUGGAGGCGGUGGAGCCCGGUGGUGGGAGCUCUUGGAGAGGCUUGGACGAACUCGUGAAGGAGUUGGGCCAAUUGCAAAAGCAAAGAUUGUGAUCAUACGAUUGGCCCUUUCAUUGUGAGGAAUGUGGAAAGAUGAAAGGCGGACCCAAUCGUUGAAUAAAGGCACCGUAGGAUUCGCAUUUGGAAGAUUACAAUCGUGUAGGUCCACAUUUGUUUGUGCUUCUGGAAAAGUAACUAUGGACUCUUUUCUCCCAAAUAGUGAGCGAUAAGGAUUAAAUUAUGCAAUCAAAUUGAACUCAGUUCAUCAUAUUCAUCUAAAUGAAUUUUAUCCUCUUUUUUAUAA